AUGCGUGCCAGGACCGGCUGUCAGCCUUGUCGUGAUCGCCAUGUGAAAUGCGUAAAACCCGUCGGCUCUGAAAAUUGCAUACGAUGCCUCCAAUCCCACCGGAGCUGUGUCUCUGAGACUCCUCUGCAAUUUCGCCCCGUCAAGUCCAUCCACUUGAAAACGACUGGAGGACGAAGGGUUCGGCAGGAUCUGAGGAACUCCCCACGGCAAAUAUGGGUUGACGUGCCGGCCGACGGCAGGUCUCAUGAUCAAGAACAGGAUCAAGAACAUGACGACGAAUAUGAACAACAACAUGAACAGGAGCAGGAGCAGGAGCAGGAGCAGGAACAAGGAAUUCUGGACGCAAUUCAGGUGGUACCCACUGGUAAACUUAGCAUCUCGAGCCCUACGAGUGCGAUUUCCAACGCUCAAUCGAACAAUCAACCGACAUCAUAUGCUGUUCCUCGACAGACCUCCGUAACUUUUCAUCAAGGUUCUUCACCACAGAAUUUGCUAUUCGCCGGCGCAGGGUUCGCGAGUGCGUUGCGCAACCACAGUCCUCAAUCUCACUUUUCAAGUCACACCCCUCUAGCUAUUGGAUACUCGCCGUCGGAGCCCGCAGAGAGGUCCUCGAAUCUGAACCCAUCUCCCGCUCUUCUUCGAGCAGGCUCAUGUGUCACAUCUCCCUCGCUAUUAUCAGGCUCGUGGCCAUUUCAAAACCGCCAUGAGGCCCGUUUGAUGCACCACUAUAUUGUCAAUCUCUCCCUACAGUUCGACUCGUGCGACAAUCUAAUGCACUUCUUCAAAGAAGUACCUCGACGGGCCUCGCACCAUCCAAUCAUCAAGAACGCCAUCUUUGCGCUCUCAUCCCUUCACUUGUGCCGUCUCUCUGGGCUUGAAGACCACGAGUCUCAUGUAUACGUCAACGAAUGUCUCCAAACCCUGAUUCCAGCCCUCGAAGAUCCGCUGAGCCAUCUUGACGAAAAUCUUCUGGCUGCGGUGAUUUUGCUAAGAACUCACGAGGAGAUGUCGGAUAAUGACACGUGUUGUCAUCUGCUCGGGGUGACUCGAAUCUUGAAUUCAAUUGCUUCAUUCGCUGCCGACGGCGGUCUUCGAGAGUCGGCGAGCUGGAUAUCUCUGCGACAGCAUAUCUAUGUGGCCCUAACGUCUCAAGGCCCGCUCACCAUUAACUUGACCAAUUAUCGCCACUCGAGUGUAUUCCAAAGGCCGGACGACGAAGCUUGGGCUAACCGAAUCAUAUUCAUUUUCGCGAGCAUUUUGACCCAGAUCUUUCUACCCGAUGGAGAACGGCUCUCACUUGGUCAAUGGGAUGAACUGGACGCGCAGGUCACCACUUGGGACUCAUCAAAACCAUGGCACUUUUCACCUCUAUAUAUGGAAGCCUCGAGCCAAACCCCGUCUUCACUAGAUCGGAAGUGGAGCUUCUGGCCAGAGGCAUGGGUCUGUGUUCCAGCACAAGUUGUCGGUCUUCAGCAUUAUUACCUGGCCAGAAUUAUUCUGGCUAUCUACGACCCUCGCCUUUCGAGAUUGGGCUUCGACUCCUACAAGCUAAGGCGGUCUUUAGAGGAUAUUGUACGGCAAAACCUCCGAAUGGUGAUAGGAUUGGCUGCCAGCAACAGCCACGUCUUAACGGGCAUGUUCCACGCAUCUCACGCCCUGUCGGCAUGCGGCAUGUACCUCACCGAUCCGCAGGAGCAACAAGCAGCUGUCGAGUUCCUUGAGAGCAUGGAAACAAGUAUGGGCUGGCGAACGCAACAUAUCAUCCAAAAUUUAAAAAGCCAGUGGCUACUCUAG